AUGGCAAGAAGAGAAUUAAAAAAAUAUAAGGAAUCUAAGGAUGACUUUGAGUAUGCACGAAAACUAAAUCCAAACCAUACGGAAACUGAGAGAGAGCUUCAAAAGGCUAUCGAAUUGUUGAAAAAGAGUGAGGAAGGAAAAGGAAUGAAAGUGACCAUCCAAGGGGAAGAAGAAGAAGAAGAGGAGGUUGUCGUUCCAAAGCCCCAAAAAACUACAACCGAAAAGACUAGUCCAGAAGUACCACAAACGAGUAAACCAUCUUCCACGAAGCAAGAACCGAUGAGAGAGCCACAAACAACGCUAGUUGAGGGAAAAAAACCACCUAAAGUUGAAGAGGAAGUUAUUGAGGAUUUAAUAACAAGUGGAGCUUCAACAAAUUUGAAAGAUAUGCAACAGAAGGCAGCUACCUCGCAACCAACACAAAAUAUUGAAACGAGCAAGCCAGUUGAUAACAAAAAUGUGCAACAACCAUCUAAGCCAACGUCACAGCCCGCAACAAAUUCCACCAAGUCAGCAACAACUUCGGUCCCAGAGACACUCACAAUUCAUCUUAAACCUUCAAUUCCUCAAUCUGCGCCAAAAUCAUUCUUUGAGUUUGAAAAAUAUUAUAAUGAAUUGAAAGGAGAAGAUUUGGCCAAUUACCUCAAAGCAUUCCCACCUAAACGAUUUAUAACAAUACUCCGUGACUCAUUGUCUCCUGAAAUUUUCUCAGGGAUCAUUGAAUGCUUAUUGAAAUACUUUGUUAGAAAACCAUUUGAUAAGGAUUUAGUCCUCCAAGCUUUUGACAUUAUGGAUCAAAUUUCACAAGUGAAUAGAUUCGACAUGAUCAUUAUGUUUUUGGAAGACAAGGAGAUACUCAUGGUUAAAUCUAUUUUCAAUACCUUUUAUGAAUUCCCAGAAUUAGAGCCUUCUAAAGUUGAUUCAUUGAAAGAAAAAUACAUUCAAGAAUAA